GUUACCAGCUGCCGGUGCUGCCCCUGGACAGGCCGGUCCCCCAGCACGUCCUCAGCCGCCGAGGAGCCAUCAGCUUCAGCUCCAGCUCUGCACUCUUCGGCUGUCCCAAUCCCCGCCAGCUCUCACAGGUGUGAGCAUUCAUAAGGUCAGCGUAUGAGAAAAUGAAGAAAAACUGAUUUUGCAGAAGAGCAUUCUAAGCUUGAAGGGCUUUAUUUUGGCUGCUGGUCACACCGAAUGCAGAGAAAAUAGAAGCUUAAAGUUGUUGUUUGCCCAAGAGACGUGGAGCUAUUUCCUAUGACAGUUCUGAUCAGACCGCGUUGUACAUUCGUAUGCUAGGAGAUGUACGUGUAAGGAGCCGAGCAGGUUUUGAAUCAGAAAGAAGAGGUUCUCAUCCGUAUAUUGACUUUCGUAUUUUUCACUCUCAAUCUGAAAUUGAAGUGUCCGUCUCUGCAAGGAAUAUCAGAAGGUUACUAAGUUUCCAGCGGUAUCUUAGAUCCUCACGCUUUUUUCGUGGUACUACAGUUUCAAAUUCUCUAAACAUUUUAGAUGAUGAUUAUAAUGGACAAGCUAAGUGUAUGCUGGAAAAAGUUGGGAAUUGGAAUUUUGAUAUCUUUCUAUUUGAUAGACUAACAAAUGGAAAUAGUCUAGUAAGCUUAACCUUUCAUUUAUUUAGUCUUCAUGGAUUAAUUGAGUACUUUCAUCUAGAUAUGAUGAAACUUCGUAGAUUUUUAGUUAUGAUUCAAGAGGAUUACCACAGUCAGAAUCCUUACCACAAUGCAGUCCAUGCUGCAGACGUUACUCAGGCCAUGCACUGUUACUUAAAAGAACCUAAGCUUGCCAGUUCUGUAACUCCUUGGGAUAUCUUGUUGAGCUUAAUCGCAGCUGCCACUCAUGAUCUGGAUCAUCCAGGUGUUAAUCAACCUUUCCUUAUUAAAACUAACCAUUACUUGGCAACUUUAUACAAGAAUACCUCAGUAUUGGAAAAUCACCACUGGAGAUCUGCAGUGGGCUUAUUGAGAGAAUCCGGGCUAUUCUCACAUAUGCCAUUAGAAAGCAGGAAACAAAUGGAGACUCAGAUAGGUGCUUUGAUAUUAGCCACAGAUAUCAGUCGCCAGAAUGAGUAUCUGUCGUUGUUUAGGUCCCACUUGGAUAGAGGCGACUUACACCUAGAAGACACCAGACACAGGCAUUUGGUGUUACAGAUGGCUCUGAAAUGUGCUGAUAUUUGUAACCCUUGUCGGACCUGGGAAUUAAGCAAGCAGUGGAGUGAAAAAGUAACAGAGGAAUUCUUUCAUCAAGGAGACAUUGAAAAAAAGUAUCAUUUGGGUGUGAGUCCCCUCUGUGAUCGUCAGACUGAGUCCAUUGCCAACAUCCAGAUUGGUUUUAUGACUUACCUAGUGGAGCCUUUAUUUACAGAAUGGGCCAGGUUUUCUAACACAAGGCUAUCCCAGACAAUGCUUGGACACGUGGGGCUGAAUAAAGCCAGCUGGAAGGGACUGCAGAGAGAACAGUCCAGCAGUGAGGACGCCGAUGCUGCAUUCGAGUUGAACUCACAGUUAUUACCUCAGGAACAUCGGUUACCAUAACCCCCAGACCAGUGGACAGACUGCCUCCUGGAGGUUUUUAGAAAUGUGAAAUGGGGUCUUGAGGUGAGAGAACUUAACUCUUGACUGCCAAGGUUUCCAAAUGAACGAUGCCAGCAUUAUUUAUUUCCAAGAUCUCCGCUGGAUCAUUUGAACCCACUUUUUAAUUAUUAGACCUGAACAUACAGCAAUAUGCGUUUGGCUUUUGUGUGAAACCUUGAAUAUGCAAAGCCCAGCAGGAGAGAAUCAGACAGGAGCAACAGAAGGAGGUUUUAAGGUGUGCCACGUGUUUUUCAGAGCAUUUAUUCUUCAGACUUUGAAACUUGAACUGGAUCCUUUAGCAGCAAUUUCUUGGAAUAUGACCAGUUUGAUGCAACGUGUGUCUGUACCUUCCACUAAGUUCUCUCUGAGAAAACAGAAAUGUGAAGUGCCCAGCCUCUGCUGCCUCUGGCAAGACUCCAAUGUUUACAAAUCAACUCUGAAAAUACUGGUUCUAACUUGCCUUGGAGCAUGACUGUGAAGGAACCACUAAACACAUUUAAAGAUCAAACCUUAGACUGCAGCUCUUUCUCCCUGGUUUGCCUUUUUUCUUCUGUGGAUGCCACCAAAGCCUCCCGUUUGCUAUGGUUUUAUUUCGUGCACUGGAAACUGAGCAGUUAACAUACAGUACCGCCGAGCUUUCACUCCAGCGCUGUUUGGCAAUGCAAUUUUUUUUGUUUUAACUAUUAGUUUUUAAUUUGGGGGCGGGAGGGGAAGAACACCAAUGUCCUAGCUGUAUUAUGAUUCUGCAGUGAAGACAUUGCAUGUUGUUUUCACUACUGUACACUUGACCUGCACAUGCAAGAAACAAGGUGGAAUGUUUAAAACACCAUAAUCAGCUCAGGGUAUUUGCCAAUCCGAAAUAAAGUGGGAUGGGGAAGUGCGUCCUUCAGAUCAAGGGUACUAAGUCCCUUUCGCUGCAGUGAGUGAGCGCUGUGUUGUGUGUGGAUGUAUGAGUGUGUUUGCGUGCAUGUUUGUGCAUGUAUGACUGUGCAUGUGUCAUGUUUUCCAUGUGGGAAAGGAUGUGAAAUGUAAACUCUUAUUUAUUACUUUAGAAUGUGAUGUAACGGGCAGCCACACGUGGGAGGGGAAGGUAGGUACGCUGUAACAGACGGCUCCAGUUGCCUUAAACUAUGCACAAAGCUAAGUGACCAAACUUCUUGUUUUGAUUUGAAAAAGUGCAUUGUUUUCUUGUCCCUCCCUUUGAUGAAACGUUACCCUUUGAUGGGCCUUUUGAUGUGAACAGAUGUUUUCUAGGACAUUUAAGGACUAAUUUUAAACUCAAAACAUUCCACUUUUGUAAUUUGUUUUAAAUUGUUUUAUGUAUAGUAAGCACAACUGUAAUCUAGUUUUAAGAGAAACCGGUGCUUUCUUUUAGUUCAUUUGUAUUUCCCUUGUUACUGUAAAAGACUGUUUAUUAAUUAUGUUUACAGUUUGUUGCAACAGCCAUUUUCUUGGGAGAAAGCUUGAGUGUAAAGCCAUUUGUAAACGGCUUUGCCAUACUCAUUUUAAUAUGUGCCUGUUGCUGUUAACUUUUGAUGAAUAAAAACCUAUCUU